UGAAUGCAGAGGGCGGGGGCUGCUUGCUAAGUAGCACGGGGGCAAAGUCACUACCCGAGGCGCUGCAGUGAAGAGUCGGAAGAGAGAUGCCGACGGAAGGUGAGCCAAGUGGUCUUAUCAGAAUCACCCAGCUUUUUCUCCUCUCUACAGCCUGGGGAAUGCAGAUAUGGGUAACCUUCAUUGCAGGUUUUGUUCUUUUCCGAACUGUGAGCCGGCACACCUUUGGCCUGGUACAGGGCAAAUUGUUUCCCUUCUAUUUCUAUACCUUACUUGGCUGCACAUUCCUUAAUCUUGCCAUAUUUGCUGCAUACCAUCCACGGGAACUUCUCAGCACCAGAGAAACUGUUCAGAUCACACUCUUUUUUAUUUGCCUCAUUUUGGUUGCCACUAAUGCCUCCUGGUUCUCCCAAGUCACCACCAAGACCAUGCUUAAGAUGCAAGAGAUUGAAAAGGAGCAUGGGCUCGGACAGGAAGUGGGAAGUUCAGGUCAGCGAGAGGCUUACCAACUUCUGAAGGAGAAGGACGGCAAAUAUCGGCACCUGCGCCAGAAGUUCUUCAAGUUUCAUGGCUUGUCUUCUCUCUGCAAUCUGGUUUGUGUUAUCUGCACCGGGGUGAACUUGGCAUUCGUUGCCUUGCAACUGGAGAGUCUAUAGACUCUCCACUCCUCUAGCUUGUUCUCAUGGUUUCUCCAAAAACAUUGAUUUUGCUCUAAGGAGGAGCAUGGAAAUGACCAGAAAUCAGUCCUUUUGGAGUGUGUAUCAUUCAUCUAGAAACAGCCAGAUACAGAAUGCCCUCUCAAAGUAUAAAUUGGAUUGUCUGAUAAUUAUAAAGGGAUGAUAUUUAAAUUUAGAGAAAACUAUCUGCAUAAAUUAAUGCCACUUCUGUUUUAAAAUCUUGAUGCAAUAUUAGUUUGGGUUGUGCUAAGUUAGGAGAUUUUUAUAACAAUGUUUUAUAAUUUGUCAUUGUCAGUAGGCUCCCUAUUGUUAACGAGAGUCUACCAUUUAAUAUUUAUUGUAUACCCAGGGAACAAGAUUUUAAUGGGACUCACUUUUAGCAAUAAGGUAAAGGAUUCUGCUAUCUUAAAAGAAAAUUUAAAUAUAAAAUGCCUUUUUAUAUACAAAUUCUUAUCUUUUGGAAUUCUGCUUUUGGAAUAAAGAAUGUUUACUAUUAAAAAUGUACCUUUUAGUAGAUUAAUAGCCCUCUUCUUCUGUUGCUUAUUUAAAUCUUUUCUCUCUCCUAGUUUCCAGCAGGGAUUUUCAGGUUGGCAGGUAAAUUAACUGGAUUCAUAAACUAUUUUAAUCUA